GGGACCCAUGUUGAGCGUGAUUUUGUCGAGUGUCCAUCUCAGAUGUUUGAAAACUGGGUAUGGACUUCUGAGGGGUUGAGUGAGCUGCUUUCUCUUGGAGGAGGUAAAGCCUUACCUAGCGAGUCUAUCAAAAACUUAGUCCACUCACGUACUGCCAAUGCGGGAUUAUUUUACUCACGACAGCUAAUGUUGGCUGACUUCGAUCAGGCCAUUCACACGGCACCUGAGCACCUACGUGUUGUGCUCUUUAAUUUUUACUACAUUGAUGGGUCGAGCCUCGGUGUGGGCAGCGUAUUCCUUGGGGAAUUUUAA